UUUUUGUUUAUAGAUUCUAGAGUGUGUGAAGCAAACAAUAUGUUUUGAGGGGUUAGUGUAUUACCUAAAAUGAUGUCUCAUAGGUUUUUAAAGACCUUAUUAAAAGGUACAAGGUUCACUUCAAAAAACCAAGUUCUAUUGUUAAAUGUAAUAAUAAGGAAUGUUUCUUCUUCAAAGCACUAUCCAAUAGAUGAAAGUAUUUUUGGAUUAUCACCAGAACAGAUUCAGCUUCGAGAAAACAUAUUCAAUUUCGCUCAGAAGGAACUGGCCCCUAAAGCAGCAGAGAUUGAUAGGACAAAUGGGUUUUCUGAUCUGAGGCCAUUUUGGGCCAAGCUUGGAUCACUUGGUACGCUUGGCAUUACUGUGAGUAGUAAAUAUGGUGGGUCAGAUGGGUCUUACCUCGAUCACAUUGUGAUUCUUGAAGAGCUCUCGAGGGCUUGCGCCGCCAUUGGACUCAGCUAUGGCGCUCACUCAAACCUCUGCGUCAACCAGAUACACCGUAACGGCUCUGAGCAGCAGAAGCUCAAAUAUUUACCUAAGUUAUGUACUGGAGAGCACAUUGGGGCCCUAGCUAUGUCCGAACCAGGGGCAGGCUCUGAUGUCGUCUCCAUGAAACUCCGAGCAGACAAGAAAGGUGACUACUACAUAUUUAAUGGUAGCAAGUUCUGGAUCACAAAUGGACCUGAUGCAGACAUUCUCGUUGUGUAUGCAAAAACCGACCCCAACGCCUCCAAACCACAGCAUGGCAUUUCUGCUUUCAUUGUUGAAAAAGGAACCGAAGGAUUUUCUACGGCCCAGAAGUUGGAUAAACUUGGGAUGAGAGGCUCUAACACAUGUGAACUUGUUUUUGAGAAUGCCAAAAUACCAGCUUCUAAUCUGUUGGGUGAGGAGAACAAAGGAGUGUAUGUGCUCAUGAGUGGAUUGGAUCUUGAGAGGCUGGUUCUAGCUGGAGGACCUAUUGGCAUUAUGCAAGCGUGUGUGGACACCACGUUUGAGUAUGUACAUGUCAGGAAACAAUUCCAACAACCCGUGGGACAUUUUCAGCUUAUCCAGAGCAAACUUGCAGAUAUGUACAUACAUCUAAGCGCAUGUCGCAGCUAUUUAUACAGUGUUGCCAGGGCCUGUGAUUCAGGCAGUGUAAACCGCAAAGACUGUGCGGGUGUGCUCAUGUUCUGUGCCGAAUCUGCUACUCGAAUGGCUCUAGACGCAAUACAGUGUUUGGGUGGAAAUGGAUACAUAAAUGACUACCCCACUGGACGAUUACUGAGGGACGCCAAACUUUACGAGAUCGGGGCUGGUACAACUGAAGUGCGAAGAUUAGUUAUCGGAAGAGCUAUCAAUGCAGAAUACGCAAAUUAAAUACUGACAAGAUUAGGACGAAAAUGUACGAUUAUCAGAAACUGAUUUAAUUUACUGUAGAUCAGUUUAAAACAUCUUUUUACAAAAACAUCGGGUGGAUGCGGAGAUUAGUGGAUCCAAACGAAUUACAGUUAAUUUCAUCACUAGGACGUAAAGUGAAUCUUUUCGACACUAAACUGAGCUGACUUUUACUUCCUAGGGAGUUAUACAGCUACUUUAGACAGGCUGUUCGUUUGCUGCAGUAUGUUAGCCACAUAAUGACUUUUUAGAUUCAAUGCUCAAAGAUACCACUACUAGUAUAGUAAUAUUUUGGAAGACAAUACUUUAUAUCCAAAAAUCUUACCAUGACUCAUAAUAUAUUUAGACUAUUUGAAUACAUUUUAUUUGACUUUAACUUGCACAAAUAAGAGUGAGUUUUUAAAACAUUGUUAUGUUAAUUUAUAUUUUUUUAUUUUACAUUGUUGUUAUGUAUGGGAUUAUUUUAAAUAAAUAUUUCUAUAACA